ACAAAGGAGAUAGAGCGAAACGAUUCAGAGACAACCAAUUUGACAUCGCCUGUGGAUUGCGUUGUGCCCAUCAACGUCUAUCAGGGCAUAUAUGAGGCUCUUGCGAAAGAUAUGGACAGCUUAGUGAUGGACUCGCGUUGUGGUCUAGAGGCUGGAGACAAAAACAUGGAUAUCGUACAGCCGAGGCGCAUCACGUCUGAAGAGCUCCGACUUUUCCAAGAUCCCGAACAUCUGCACGGAAGCGGGACAGGUCGGUUGAAUAUGAUGUGCUUUAUGACGAUUGUCGGGACUCUAUCAGGGUGAAUGCGAGGGAGAUGAUGGCACUGCUGGAGGACAGUCUUUACCUACCUGCUUGAAGUUCAACGUUCAUGGCUUGUACAUAUGUGUUAGCGGCAGGCUGGCUCGCGACGUCCCGGACUCUUUUUUGUAUCAUAGAUAAUCAUGAGAGACGUUUUUAUGUACAGAGAUAAUAUGGUACUACAUCAGACAAUGUGAUAAAUAAUUGAG